AUGGCGGUGAUAGGCGGAGGAUGGUGGGUUUGGAAGAUGGCGAAGUGGGUGUGGGUGGAUCCGAAGAAGAUGGAGAGGCGUCUGAGAGAGGAAGGUCUUAGGGGCCAUCCUUAUCGAUUCUGGGUGGGUGACCUCACCAGAAUGGCCAACAUGCAGAAACAAGCUACGUCCAGCCCUUUGCCUUCUCAUUCCCAUGACGUGAUCUCUCGCGUCUUGCCCUUCGACCACCACUUGGUUACCAGACACGGAAAGAAUCCAUUCAUGUGGUACGGACCGACACCGAGGUUGAUCCUUACGGAUCCUGAGCUCAACAAAAAUGUGCUCAACAAUAACUACGACUUUGUAAAACUUCCCGUGAUUUCUGUUAUCAAAUAUCUAUCAGCUGGCAUUGCAAGCUACAAUGGCGACAAGUGGGCUAACCACAGGAAGAUUAUCAAUCCGGCAUUCAUUUUGGAAAAACUGAAGACUCUGAUUCCAAUCACUUGCCAAAGUUGUAAUGAGAUGAUCAACAAAUGGGAGAACAUGCUGUCCCCAACAGAUGGAACUUGUGAAGUGGAUGUCUUGCCCUGGCUCAAGGGUUUGACAAAGGAAGUGAUUUCUCGAGCAGCAUUUGGAAGCAGCUACGAAGAAGGCAGACAAAUAUUUGAUAUUCUAUCAGAACAAACUGAACUUGUAGCCAAUAACUUACAGAAACAUCGCAUUCCAUUAUGGAGGUUUCUACCAACUAAGGAUAAUAAGAGGAUGAAGCAAAAUGAAAGAAACAUGGAAGCUUCACUAGAGUGCAUUAUCAACAAAAAGAAGGAAGCCAUGCAGGCACGUCAAGCCACAAAGGAUGACCUACUAGGCAUACUUCUAGAAUCCAAUCAAAAGGAGAUUGAAGAACAAGGGAACAAGAAGAAUGUCGGGUUGAGUAUCAAAGAUGUGAUUGGUGAGUGCAAGUUGUUUUACCUGGCUGGCCAAGAAACCAUUUCUUCUUUACUAGUUUGGACUAUGAUGCUAUUGAGCAUGUAUCCUGAUUGGCAAGCACGUGCGAGGGAAGAAGUCCUGCAAGUCUUUGGCAAUCAAAAACCAGACUUUGAUGCGCUAAGUCGCCUUAAGAUUGUGACAAUGAUCAUGUACGAGGCUUUGAGGUUAUAUCCACCAAUAGCAUGGGCGGAGCGGUGUACUGAAAAAGACAUGAAACUUGGAAAUCUGUCAAUUCCCAAAGGAGUGCGAAUUAGCUUACCAAUAAUUAUGAUGCACCAUGACGAACGCUUCUGGGGAGAUGACGCCAAAGAGUUCAAACCAGACAGAUUUUCUAAAGGAAUCUCAAACGCAUCAAAAGGUAGUUCUGUCGCAUUCUUCCCUUUCGGAUGGGGCCCUCGAAUCUGCAUUGGCCAGAACUUUGCCUUCUUGGAAGCUAAAACGGUUUUUUCUUUGAUUCUGCAACGUUUCUCCUUCGAGCUCUCCCCAACAUAUGCCCAUGCUCCCAUGACGGUCCUCACUCUUCAGCCACAGCAUGGAGUUCAAGUCAUUCUGCACAAAUUGUAA